AUGGGUGACAUGAAGACCCCAGACUUUGAGGACCUUCUUGCUGCCUUUGACAUCCCGGAUGCCACCGGUUUGGGCGCUAAAGAGGCAACUCAAGAAGGCAAAGGGGAGUUUGACCAAAACAAACCCACAGAGUCCAGUUUAGAGGAGGCCUUCUCCCUGACCAUCUCCACAGACUUUCCUGUCGUGGGGGCGCUUGUCAAAGACUCUGGUCAAUCUGUUGAGUGUAAAAAGGUCAGCCCUCCAACAACCUUUUCCCCUGGAAGUCCUUACAGCCCCUUGGACACUAUGAAGAGGCUGAUGAAGCCCUCGGACAGUCCCAUGAGCUUCUGCAGUGAUAGCAGUGGAAUGGUCUCUCCGGCUGUUGCUUCAUCUCCGGCCAUUCCCCGCGUCAGGAUCAAGACUAUAAAGACAUCAUCCGGACGCAUCAGACGCACCGUCGUCCGUGUGUCCCCAGAUUCAGAAACAGAAGAGCUUAAUUCUGCCAAUGAAUCCUCUCCCUGUCAAACUUCUCGUUCCUGUAACCAAACCAGUGUGCAGACCGUGGCCUCCAGUGUCUCCAGCAGUGUCCCUUUAGUGCACCAGGUCUACACUACCUGCCCCUCCCCUCUCAACAAAGCCGUAGGAACCUUAAACAGACUCUUACACUAUGCCAACCCAGUGCCUACAUAUGUGCCUAAUUUGGGCCCGCCUCCAGAGUGCAACAUUACCCUGCCUCCUCGCGGUUAUCGCUGUCUGGAGUGCGGGGACUCGUUUGUGGUGGAGCGGAGUCUUAAGUUUCAUUUCAACAGAAGGAGUGUUCACAUCGAAGUCACCUGCACGCACUGUAAAAAGGCACUGCUCUUCUUUAACCGGUGUGCGCUGUUGGCCCACGCACGGGAGCACAAGGUCAGUGGCUCGGUGAUGCAGUGCACACAGCUCUACAUGAAGCCGAUCGCGGAGGAGGAGCUGUUGGCGCCUCUCAGAGCUGCAGAAUCUCCCUCGGUUCAGUCCUCUGUCUUCAAGGCCGUGCAGAAGAACCCGCCGGUCAUGCCUCUGCGUCCGGAGCAUCGGGCCUCGCUCCAGCCGUUGUGUUGCGUGGAGUGUGACCAGCACUGCUCGAACCUCAAGGCACUGGCGGGACAUUACCAGAGAGUUUCCGAAGAUACAGAGAAACUGAUGUGUAAAGAAUGUUCGAUGAUUCUCCCGAACAACUGCAGCUUCCGAGCACACGAGCGCGUCCAUGGCCACACGCCUCCCUUCUGCUGCCCCGAGUGUGGGCUCCUGUGUGGGUCUGCAGACAUCCAGAGCCACGUCCAAGAGAACUGCCUGCACUACGCCCGCAAAGCAUGGUACAAAUGCCUUCAUUGUGACGUGGUGUUCAAGUCUCCACAAGGACAGAAGGCACACAUCCAGGAGAAGCACCGCGAGAGCUUCUACAAGUGUGCCGUUUGUCCAGUGGCCUUCAAGACGUCUGAUCGCUGUGAGAUGCAUUUGAAAACCAAACAUGGCGCCAGUAACUCCUCACCUCAGUUAAUCUUUAAGUGCUCGUGUGAAACAAUUUUCAAGAAGAAGGCGCUACUCUACCAGCAUUUCCAAGAGGAUGCCUGCAAACGAGUCAAGUGUGUGUUCAAAUGUCCCAAAUGCAAAUCCAUCUUCACUUUGAAACAGCAGUUAAUGCAGCACUUCAAGAAGAUCCAUAAAGGUUCUGCGCAAAAGAAUGGGCAUCAAAUACACAAACAGCAACACGAAAAGAGGACGGUGAGAUCAGAGAAGGAGAAAGAAGGUCUGCAGAGAAAGAGCAACCUCAGCAAAGAUGGGACCAAAGCCAAGAGAAUGAAGCGUUAUCCCUGUCGGCUUUGUGACCAGUCGUUCAACUUCUCCACCAGUCUAAGAAAACACAUUCGCAAAGACCAUGAGGAGAAACAAAAGCAAUAUUUUUGUUGGCGUUGUACUGAAACAACAACAUUCAUGUCCAGUGUGCGGCUGAAGAACCACAUGAGCCUGAUGCACGGGAUCAGAACCAACUGGUUCUUAAGAAAGCCCCGGCCCAAACCCGGCCCAAACCCGGCCCAAACCCGGCCCAGCCCCGGCCCAAACCCGGCCCAGCCCCGGCCCAGCCCCGGCCCAAACCCGGCCCAAACCCGGCCCAAACCCGGCCCAAACCCGGCCCAGCCCCGGCCCAAACCCGGCCCAGCCCCGGCCCAAACCCGGCCCAAACCCGGCCCAAACCCGGCCCAGCCCAGCCCCGGCCCAAACCCGGCCCAGCCCCGGCCCAAACCCGGCCCAGCCCCGGCCCAAACCCGGCCCAAACCCGGCCCAGCCCCGGCCCAAACCCGGCCCAGCCCCGGCCCAGCCCCGGCCCAAACCCGGCCCAGCCCCGGCCCAGCCCCGGCCCAGCCCCGGCCCAAACCCGGCCCAAACCCGGCCCAAACCCGGCCCAAACCCGGCCCAAACCCGGCCCAAACCCGGCCCAAACCCGGCCCAGCCCCGGCCCAAACCCGGCCCAGCCCCGGCCCAAACCCGGCCCAAACCCGGCCCAGCCCCGGCCCAAACCCGGCCCAAACCCGGCCCAAACCCGGCCCAAACCCGGCCCAAACCCGGCCCAAACCCCCGCCCGCCCAAACCCGGCCCAAACCCGGCCCAAACCCGGCCCAGCCCCGGCCCAAACCCGGCCCAGCCCCGGCCCAAACCCGGCCCAGCCCCGGCCCAAACCCGGCCCAAACCCGGCCCAAACCCGGCCCAAACCCGGCCCAGCCCCGGCCCAAACCCGGCCCAGCCCCGGCCCAAACCCGGCCCAGCCCCGGCCCAAACCCGGCCCAAACCCGGCCCAGCCCCGGCCCAAACCCGGCCCAGCCCCGGCCCAAACCCGGCCCAGCCCCGGCCCAGCCCCGGCCCAAACCCGGCCCAGCCCCGGCCCAAACCCGGCCCAAACCCGGCCCAAACCCGGCCCAAACAUUAACCUCUGACCUGUCCGUGCUAACCACAGACCUGUCCGUGCUAACCUCAGACCUGUCCGUGCUAACCACAGACCUGUCUGUGCUAACCACAGACCUGUCCGUGCUAACCACAGACCUGUCCGUGCUAACCUCAGACCUGUCCGUGCUAACCUCAGACCUGUCCGUGCUAACCUCAGACCUGUCCGUGCUAACCACAGACCUGUCCGUGCUAACCUCAGACCUGUCCGUGCUAACCACAGACCUGUCCGUGCUAACCUCAGACCUGUCCGUGCUAACCUCAGACCUGUCCGUGCUAACCUCAGACCUGUCCGUGCUAACCUCAGACCUGUCCGUGCUAACCACAGACCUGUCUGUGCUAACCUCAGACCUGUCCGGUCUUGAUGUGAAGGCGGGGGACGCGCCUGGUGAUGGGGACGCUCCCGGAGAGAAGAGGCUGAAGACGUGCGGGUUCGUCACGACAGACGACCAGGAGUUUGAACGACACAAACCUCAACACAAACUGCAACAGAGCACGCCGCAGUGUGGGCUCUGCGGCCUGUGCUUCACCUCCGCUCUGGCUCUGAACCGACACCGCCACAUGGUCCACAAGAAGGAAGAAGCUGGAACAUGGCUUUUCCAGGGUGGCCAGAAGAGUCAUUGA